GAGGCCGUCAGCCAAUGGGAGCCCUCGCAGGAUUUGGGCUCCAUGCGCCAUUUUAGCGUGUCCACGGCCAUCCGGCAAGAUGGUCUCCGCGCUUUGUCUCCACUGACUGGAGUUCUUACCCUUAUUCGGGGACUUGUGUCUCCUUGCUCCUGGUAAACAUCGGCACUUUAGGUCCAUCCACCCGUCCGCGACGAGAACAAAGCCCGUCUUCUUAUAUCGAGAAAUGAAGACCGCGACCAGCAGGUAAAAUGAGUCUGCCUAUUCCCGAAACCAGUCAAGACCAAAUGGCAGAAAAUACAGAGGAGCCUUGUAGCUCUACAGAAGCAACGCUCUCCUCUUCCCAUAACAAGAGGAAUUCCAAUACUGUAGCUAAAGUUACUGGAGGGAAUGAUUCUGGCAAAUCAGAUGACAGUGACAAUGAAGGGACCACUUCUGACAGUAAUGCAGGCAGCACAUCUAAAGGCACCUUAGUGUUGCGGCCUGCAGAGAGUGAAAAUAAAGGCACUGUGAAGUUCAGAGUGGAUUACAAACAGCAAACUUCAGAUGACACGCUGCAACGGAAGAUAAACUGCACAGCCUGUGGAAAGCAAGUUAACCAGUUUCAGCGAAACUCUGUACAUCAGCACCCUGCUCUUAAAGUGCUUAUUUGCAAGUCAUGUUACAAAUAUUACACAAGUGAUGACAUCAGUAGAGAUGCCGAUGGAAUGGACGAGCAGUGCAGGUGGUGUGCUGAAGGGGGGAAACUCAUCUGCUGCGACUACUGCAACAACGCCUUCUGCAAGAAGUGUAUCCUUCGCAACCUGGGCAGAAGAGAGUUAUCAGUCAUCACUGAUGAGAACUCCAAGUGGCACUGCUAUGUGUGCAGGGCCGAACCUCUCCAGGACCUAAUCUCCAAGUGUAACGGCAUCAUGGCAAAGAUUGACAAUGAGAAAACCAAGCAGCGCAAAUCCAGCAAAGGCGAGGAACACAAGAGCAAGACACGUAAUAGCAGUGAAGUCAAAGAGCACAAAAUAGUUGUAAAUGGGAAGGAACACACAGACGGCUCAGGGACCAUAACAUUCUCAUACAAAAAACUGCCGAUACCCAAAGAACUCUUAAAGAAAGCAAAAAAGUUGGUUGAAACCACAACUGGUUUGAACAAUACAUUCAUACAGUUUGUGCAGCAGGCUGCUGCAGAGCUGGACGACAAGUCUGUCAGGUACAGGCAUUUGAAAGCAUUCAAGGCGGUGCUUUCUGAUUUGAAAAAAGCCCACACUGCUCUGGAGGAGGCCUUGGAACCAGAGUUCAGAAGUAUGGAGCUACAGAAUGGCGACAAGGGGCAAGGGCAAGUCCGAAAAAGCAGGAAUGCGGUGCAUCCUGUGGUGAAGACUGAAGACGAUGAGCUAGAUGAGGCGGACGAAACUGAGACCUCAGAUGCGGUACAAGAUCUGAAUGAAGAGCACGAUGAGGAGCCGGCUGUGACACACAGUAAGUCUCAAGAGGGGCAUGCUGACCAGCAUGAUGUAAAGCAGCGUGUUGAACCGGAGGAGGAGCAAGCUGAGCCUCUGUGCAACAAACUGGGUGGCGCGCCAGACGAGGCAACGGAAAAGGAACCGCACAAGGAACCAGUUGGUAAAGGCAACCAAACAGAAGAUUUAACCAAACGUGUUGUUUGUGAUGGUGAGCUGCUGUCCCCUGGUGAAACAUCACUUGAUCAUGACAUUAUGUCUGUUCCUCCUUCAGUUCCCGAGGAGCUUUUUCAGAUGGUGGAAAGUCUCGCCGAUCCCCACAUGCUGGCUCAUACUGCUCCAACUUCGGCCGCAGACACAGAUGCAAAACAGAAUGGGCGCCCCCAACAGAAAGUGAAGAACCUCAUUGUUAAACUGACUCCGGUGCCAGUUGUGAGGACAAGUCGGUCAAAUUCCUCCAGGUCCAAAAACAAGGAACAAGAUGAGGAAAGUGGUGGUUGUGGUACAGGAGAUGAACCAGCCAGCCCUCCACCCAAUCGGCACUCCAGUAGAGUGAAGACCACUCCCCUGAGGAAGCAAGUCGGUAAAAAGAGUCUUGAGGACUCCUCCGAAUCCGAGCAGGAGUCGGAGAAGGAAAAGACUGCAAAGUCCAAGUCCUCCAAGAAAUUGAGUAAGACUAAGAAGGAAGACAAGAAGAAGAUUAAAACUUCGUUGUCAGAGAAAGAUGCAAAAGACUCGGAUUCAGAUGGGGUUCCUGACAUGUUGCUGGAAGAGGUGGCAGAAUACAACAGUAGCAAUGAGGAGAAAGAAAUUCCAAGUUCCAAGAAACAUUUAUUGAAAGAGAAACCCUCAGCAGGUACAGAGAAAAAAUCCAAACGCAAGAGGAAAUCUGAAUGCUCAGAGUCCGAUGUGGAAAGUAAAGGUAAGAAGGCAUCAAAGAAGAAAAAACAAAAUGCCUCUGACACUUCUGACUCUGAUCAAGGCAUAACGAGAACAGCCAAGAGGCGAUCAAGUCGCAUGACAAAACAAGAUGAAGUAAAGGACAAAGACAAGCCUGAAAAGAAGGCUGUGGCUGCAAAAAGAUCGUAUGAGAAGAAGAGCAAAGGAAAGAGCUCAACAGCGGUCUCAAAGGUGGAGUUGUCCUCCAGCGAUGAUGAGGAAGAGCGGCAGGCUGAUGAGGACUCUGGAGAUGACAAUGACCAACAGACGUUCAACCCAUUGAUGGAAGACCGUCCGCUGGGAGGUGAUGAAAUGCCUGUCAAAGAAGAAGCCCCUCAAAUGGGUGACGAUGACGAUGAUGAUGAUCCUGAGAACAGAAUCGCAAAGAAAAUGCUUCUCGCCCAGAUUAAGUCAAGCUUUUCCUCCGGGGCUGAGAGCUCCUCAGAAAAUGAAAGCGAGGACGUGAAGGAGAAGCUCUCCAAAAAAGUUAAAAAAGAGGAAGAUGACGAUGAGGAACAGCAAGCAGUUGAGAAUUCAGAAGACUCCGGGUCUGAUGUAGAGGUGAAAAAGAGUUGUCGCCGGCACAAGUUGCUUCGUCACAAGCUCUCGCUCAGUGAGGCAGAGUCCGAUGAUGACAAAGAAGACAAUGCAGAAAAGACCAAGGUUGCCAAGAAGAAGCGAGAAAAGAAGAAAGUGGACAGUGAUGAUUCGGCGGAUUCUGACUUCACGAGGUUAGAAUCCAGUGCAGAGUCGAUGAUGAGCGAAGUACUCAGUGCGUCGGACAAUGAUGAGAAGCGUCGAAAGACGAGAUCUUCAAAGAAGAAGGAUGAUGAGAAGCAGAAAGGUCAGAAACAGCCAAAGAAGAAGAGACGCAGGAUAAAAGUACAGGAUUCCUCCAGCAAUGAGAAGAGUGGAGAGGAAGAAGGAGACGACCCAGAUGGAGAAGAACGCAAAGGGCGCAAAAAGAUCCGCAAAAUCCUCAAGGAUGACAAGCUGAGGACAGAGACACGGGAUGCUCUGAAAGAAGAGGAGGAUAGGAGGAAACGUAUAGCAGAAAGAGAGGAGCUGAGGAAAAAACUCAGAGAGACAAUUGUGGUGGAAGAGUCUUCCCAAGUGACGUGUCCCAUUACCACAAAGCUGGUUCUAGAUGAAAAUGAGGAGACCAAAGAGCCUCUGGUGCAGGUGCACAGAAACCUUGUCACCAAACUCAAACCUCACCAGGUUGAUGGGGUGCAGUUCAUGUGGGAUUGUUGCUGUGAGUCCGUGAAGAAGAUUAAGAAGUCUCCCGGCUCUGGUUGCAUCCUUGCCCACUGUAUGGGUCUGGGAAAAACACUACAGGUGGUGACGUUUCUUCAUACUUUGCUACUUUGUGAGAAGCUCAACUUCUCAACGGCACUGGUGGUUUGUCCCCUCAACACGGUCCUUAAUUGGGUCAACGAGUUUGAGAAAUGGCAAGAGGGAAUGAAAGACGAUGAGUGUUUAGAGGUGACGGAGCUGGCCACAGUAAAGAGGCCCCAGGAACGAGCGGUUGCCCUCCAGCAGUGGCAAGAUAUGGGUGGUAUUAUGAUCAUUGGCUAUGAGAUGUACCGAAACUUGACACAGGGAAGGAACACCAAGAGUAAGAAGCUGAAAGAGACAUUCCAGAAGACUCUGGUAGACCCAGGUCCCGACUUGGUGAUUUGUGAUGAAGGUCACAUCUUAAAGAAUGAGGCAUCGGCUGUGUCCAAAGCCAUGAACUCCAUCAGGACGAGGAGGAGGGUUGUGCUGACUGGAACUCCGCUUCAAAAUAACCUCAUUGAAUAUCACUGCAUGGUGAACUUCAUUAAGGAAAAUUUGCUUGGCUCAGUUAAAGAGUUCCGCAAUCGCUUCAUCAACCCCAUACAGAAUGGGCAGUGUGCUGACUCUACAAUGCAAGAUGUCCGCAUCAUGAAGAAGAGGGCUCACAUCUUGUACGAGAUGUUGGCUGGAUGUGUUCAGAGGAAAGAUUACACAGCACUCACUAAAUUCCUGCCUCCCAAGCACGAGUAUGUGUUGUCCAUCAGAGUAACUCCACUCCAGUGUAAACUCUACAGAUACUACUUGGAGCACUUUACAGGUGUGGGGAAUGCUUUGGAGGGGGGCCGAGGCCGCGCAGGGACCAAACUCUUCCAGGAUUUCCAGAUGCUCAGCAGAAUCUGGACCCAUCCCUGGUGCCUUCAGCUGGAUUACAUCAGCAAAGAAAACAGGGGUUUCUUUGACGAAGACAGCAUGGAGGAAUUCAUCGCCUCAGAGUCCGAAGAGUCAUCCCUUAGUCUGAGCUCAGAGGAUGAGAAGCAAAAAAAGAAAAAGAAGAAAGGCAGGGGAAGAAAGAAGGGAUCUGAUGACUCUGAUAGCGAUGAUGUGGAAGUCAUAAAGGAGUGGAACACCAGUUCCCGAGGCAGGAAUGGAGAGGGGCGAAACAGGGCUGAGCCUGUAGAAGAGCAAGCUCAACCUUCUGGCUCGGCACCAGGGAGCCCCACCGCUGACUGGCACAAGGAGUUUGUCACUGAGGCUGAUGCUGAAAUCAUGGAUCACUCAGGAAAAAUUACGGUGCUCUUUGAAAUCCUGCGUAUGGCAGAGGAAGUGGAAGAUAAAGUGUUGGUGUUUAGUCAGUCUCUUAUCUCUUUGGACCUGAUUGAGGAUUUCCUGGAGCUGUCUUGCAGAGCUGCAGAUGAAGACAAGAUCUCGCCAUACAAAGGUGAGGGCAAGUGGUUCAGGAACAUUGACUACUAUCGCCUGGAUGGCUCCACCAACGCCACCACCAGGAAGAAGUGGGCUGAGGAGUUUAAUGACCCGAACAACACAAGAGGUCGUUUGUUCCUCAUUUCCACACGCGCUGGCUCCCUUGGGAUCAACCUGGUGGCGUCCAACAGAGUCAUUAUCUUUGAUGCCUCUUGGAAUCCUUCAUUUGAUAUCCAGAGUAUAUUCAGGGUGUAUCGCUUUGGCCAGCUGAAGACAGUCUUUGUCUACAGGUUCUUGGCACAGGGCACAAUGGAAGAGAAAAUUUACGACCGGCAGGUUACCAAACAGUCUUUGUCAUACCGAGUGGUGGACCAGCAGCAGAUUGAAAGGCACUUUACUAUGAAUGAGCUGGCGGAGCUCUACACUUUUGAGCCUGAUAUGCUGGAUGAUCCCUCAGAGAAGAAGAGCAAGAAAGCCACACCAAUGCUCCCCAAGGACCUCUUCCUGGCUGAGUUGCUCCAGACCCACAAGGACCAGAUUGUGUGCUAUCAUGAGCACGACUCUCUGCUGGACCACAAGGAGGAGGAAGCCCUGAGCGAGGAGGAUCGCAAAGCAGCCUGGGCUGAAUAUGAAGCAGAGAAGAAGGGACUGACCAUGAGAACCAAUUACCAGGCACACCCCCAAAUGGGCGCCUCCACCAUAUUCUCCCACUACAACAUGGCGGCUUUGGCCACCAUGACCAACCAGCAGCUGGAGGAGCUUAUCAACCAAGGGCGACUGAAGGUCAUCGAGGCAACAAAUGCGUUGAAGAAUUUCCAGAGAGAGUCACUGGAGGAUGCUAUCGGCAGAAUUUGGGAAGAGAACCCCACUCUGACUGAGAACCAGGUCCAGGCUUUGGCAAUGGGCCGAAUGGCCACUCUGGAAAUAGAGGCCAAACGCAGAGAAGCUGUUUACAGAGAAACUCUCACCAUGCAGCAGUCGCUGAUGAUGUACGUCCAGAAGGUGGUAAACAACAGGAAGGUCCAAGAGCAACAGCUGGCCAUGGCCAACCAGACCAGCCUCCUGAACAUGGCUCUGCAGAAUGGCAUGCUGGGAGGAAACAGGCUCAGCCAAAUGGACCUGCUGGGCCUUUACCAGCAGCUACAUGGAAUGAAUCCCCAUGCCGCGAUGGGCAAGAAUCCUGGGCCAUCGAAGGGCCUGUAGGUUGCACCAGAUCUCUGGUACCGAGUGGGCCCAGCACAAGCCGGACCACUCCAUCUUUAUGGGUCAGACGAGAGCCCAAGAAGAAGGUGGAGGCUCGACCGCUAUCCACCUGGGUCGUGAUUUCGUCGUCGACCGGGCCCCGGCGGAGCCUGAUGUAAAAAUGACUGUUUGAAAGGGGUCUAUUUGGGGAAACUCGUCAGAAAUACAAAGUGUAUAUACCGCCUUAAUGUUAUUCAAGUUCUAUAUCUUCAUUUUUCAUGUAUUUAAAGUCAAGUCAGUUAUAGUUUGUUUAGCCGCGCUUUAAAGCGCUGCAGUCUUUCCCCUCCUUAAAAGAGGGUUUCAUUGAUGUUUAAACAGCGUUUUUUAUACCGGUACACUUUUAAAACCCCAAUGGGACCAGUAUGGUUGGUGACAACCAGUAGAUUCCUCCACCAAUCAGAUGAAAUGACGUCUCCAUUUAAAAAAAAAAAAAAGAGCGAAAGAGAAAAUGUCGAUGGCCUUACAUGAGUUGAAAAAGAACCCAGCCCCCCCCCCUCCCUCACCCCUUAUUAUUUGGGCUUUAAUUGUUUCUCUUAAAACACGGCUGGUCUUGGAAUGCUUAUGUUGUUCAAAACUUACUGCUGGUCCCUGUGACCUUUUUUAUUUUUAGCAUUGUCAUUCUCACUGUUGGCGUGAUGUCUAGCAUAGCACUGUGCGUUCUCAUCGUUAUGUUCCGCUUGUUGGUCCCCAGCGGCCUGGUGACUGACUGGCUCUCACAAAGCACAACCGGUCCAGUUGACGCUCUAGUCUAGUUUGGAGGCUUGAGUGAGUGUGCGUGCGUGCACGUGUGUAAGGCUGGCUUUGUGACACCCAGUUUCACCUGGCAGCUCUUUUUGGGAUAACGUGCUGCUUGUUCUUUGACACGUUCUGCUCCAAACUGGCAGUGCCGUUGACGAGGGGUUUUGUGGGGCGAGACGAAUCUGUUGUCUCUCCAUGAUUCCAGUGUUUGCACAAGGUGUAUUUCAUAUGUGUGUAGACGGUUUUUGCCCUCUUAAGAAUGUUCUUUUGUUAGUAAGUACACCACCAUUUGCCAUGAUGACUUAAUCUGCUAUUAUCUUGUUAAGUAUUUAAUAUAACAUUUAAUAAAGUGACCAAAAGAAUGAA